CACUGAUAUCGUGCGGGGUUGAGCCGGUAGUUCCUGCCAUUUGUACCAGCGAUUACCAGCAGGGAAAUUUCCGAAUCUUCGGCGGUCUUUCUACCCUCCAUCUCAUCAACGAUCAUUCUUCCACAGCAGCCACUUGUGACGUCCUUUCCUCGUCCCGUAUACCUCUACCAUCGCUGAUCCAAGCCUUCGCCGGAAGUCUCUCUCUACGAGUCUCCAUUCGGAGACAGACCGGAAACAUGACCACCCCGGAACAAGACGGAGCCGCACGCCUUGCGGCACGGAAACCGAUCCCGAAACCCGUCCCCGCCUACCUGCCUACAGCCGGAUCUCCCCUUUCCGUCGACAAGAACCUCUACUCAACCAUCCAACAAGCUCCUCGCGUCCUCACCGAGGAGUUCACCAUUCCUAUCCGCUCCGGUCGUGCCUGGACUGCCUCCGCCGGCUCCAUCAUCCGCAUAUCCACCCCCGAAGGUCCUCAAGUUGGCGACCUCAACAUCUGGAAUCUCCACAACCCCCGCGAACGCUUCUGGGCCUCCCGCACCAAACAGCUUCACGCAUCGCACGUCUCAACCUACGACCGGCUCUGGUCCAACCUCCCCUUCAUGCGGCCCAUGCUGACCAUCAUCGCUGACACGCUGUCCUGGUAUGAACAAGACGAGCAUGGAGGCAGGGUGCAUGACCUCUUGGGGACGAGGUGUGAUCCGUACAUCAAUAACGUGUUGAGUGGCGGAGAGUUUGACUUCCACUGCCAUUCGAACCUGACGAGGGCGGUGAUGGAGUAUGGGUUGAACGAGGGAGAUGUGCAUGAUGUUAUUAAUCUGUUCCAGGUUACGGGUUUGGACGAGAAGGGAAGGUAUUUUAUGAGCCCGUGUCCGGCAAGCAAGGGGGAUUUUGUGGAGUUUUUGGCGGAACAGGACGUUUUGAUGGCGCUGAGCACUUGUCCUGGUGGCGACCUCUCGCUCUGGGGUUUCGGAAGCGAUAACGAGAAAGAGAUGAUCAAGUGCUGCCGGCCGUUGAAGGUCGAGGUCUUCCGUCUGGAGGACGAGCAGCUACUUCAACGAAGUGGGUGGAAGCCAGCAGAAAAGGCAAAUUAUCGCGGUCGGCAUGGGCUGGUUGUUGCGGAACGAAGCACAAGCAACAAGUGAAAGCAAGUCGAAGAGACGAGUUCCAUGAUAUAUCGGAAACACUUGAUCAUAUCACAAGUCCAGUUGGAAACUCUGCUGCCUGGACUCCUCAGUGGCCUAGAGAUCAACUCAUACGACUCGGUGCACUCACCGGUCUGCAUUCGACUUUGUCCAUGAUGUGAGUAACAAGCUCUUCUGCGCAUAACUCCGAUUAUCUGAUUGUAUCACGUCGUCAUGCUGUUGCUUGUUCCCCAUCUUCUCUUAGAAUAGCUUCAAAACUCCUUCUGAUCACACGCCUAUAGACUUACAGUGUGUAGGCAUCUACGCCAGGCGUGUAAUGGAAACGUUUCAGUUGCACUGACAGGGUUGAGUCAACUCCAUGCCAAGAGACUAUCACCAAGCCCCGAAACACAGCCAUUGAGAU